GUGGCGUGUAACCGGAUGUAGGUGAGACAGGUGGACAUUAGUGUCAGGUGAAGGAGUCAGCUUUAGUUUCGGUCUGUAUUGAGUGUGAAUUGGACAUGAUGACAGUCCUGUGAGCUUCAUCCAUCAGGUCCAGCUGAAGAUCCAAACCCAGGUCCAGGUCUUCAGAGAAGCAGCAGAAAUUCAUCAGGCUGUGUUUUGUUUCUGUUUCUCUGAAGAGAUUGUGGUUUUUUGAGAGAGAGUGUGUGUGUGUGUGUGUGUGUGUGUGUGUGUGUGUGUGUGUGUGUGUGUGUGUGUGUGUGUGUGUACAUCAAUGAUGGCAGUAACUGAGUUUCCUGAAUCAGUGAAGCAUGAAGUUGAAAAUGACGACCAAACUGAAAUAUUAGUUCUGGACACUUCCCCACACUCCAAGACUCCGCCCACAGAACUAACCCCAGACAAUUCGAAAGAUGGCAGAGCUACAGACCACACCACAGACCAUGCUGCACCCCAGUCUCGUCUGUCACGAGGUUUUGCACGUUUACUGCGUAAGAACCAGGACUACAUCCGCAUCAGCAUGGCCGAGCCACGCCUUCACCCCCUGCACGAUGAGCAUCUACCAGCCGAAUGGUGGAAAACAGGCCUGUCCUUCCUGUGGGCGGUGACCAUGCUCUUCUGCACCACUGUCAUGAUAACGGUGGUGCACGAGCGCGUCCCAGAGAAGACGGAUAGCCCGCCGCUGCCUGAUAAGUUCUUUGACUACGUACCACGUGUAGAAUGGGCGUUUACUGUCACUGAGGUCAUCGGCAUCCUACUGACGCUCCUGUGGACCACACAGUGGCUCUGUCUCCAACACAAGUCGAUCAUAGGCCGCAGAUUCUUCUUCCUGAUUGGAAUUCUGUAUCUGUAUCGCAUGUUCACCAUGUAUAUCACCACGCUGCCUGUCCCCAGCACACACAUGAACUGUGCUCCCAAGUUGUAUGAUGACUCCGUGGGGAAGUUGUAUCGCAUAUUCCAGCUUCUCUCAGGAGGAGGUUUGUCCAUCACAGGCUCACAUAUGAUGUGUGGUGAUUUCCUUUACAGCGGUCACACAGUCAUCCUCACACUCACCUCCCUCUUCAUCAGUGAAUACUCCCCCUGCUGGAUGCGGUGGUAUCACUGGAUCUGCUGGCUUCUGAGUUUAAUGGGUGCAGUUUUCAUCCUUGUAGCUCAUGAGCACUACAGCGUGGAUGUUGUUGUGGCGUAUUUCGUUACAUCACGUCUCUUCUACUGGUACCACACCAUGGCCAACAACCAGUCCCUAAGAGAUUCUCCUCAGAGUUAUCUCCAUCGUGUGUGGUGGAGGUUCCUCUUUAACUUUCUAGAGAGAAACGUUCACUGUGUGGUGCCGUGUAAGUUCUGCUGGCCGUUCGCUCUGCCCACUUCCUGUCUAACUACACCAUGUGACUCAUACUCCAAAGUACAGCUGACCCGAGACGAGUGACACACACACACACACACACACACACAUGCCCAGAAUGUUACAGCUCAGGCUCACACACACAGCAGUAUUUGACAGACUGAGAGACUGUGUGUGUGUGAGUGUGUGUGUGAGUGUGUGUGAGUG